AUGGUUAUGCAAACCCUCCUUCAAACGGCGUUCCUCGCUGUCGCCGCCACAGCAACCAGCCUCACCGCGAGAACCUCUGACGGUAGCGACGGCUUCCGCCUCCGCGCCAACAUGCUCUAUCCCGACUCCCCUGGGAACGGGCCUAAUGUUCACGACCACGAGCUCAACUACGUCUCCGGCAAUGAGUGCCAAGCCAUCGUCGUCCUGGUCCCCGAGAACCAAGGGACCACAUUCUACGCCAACAACAACACCAUUGGUGUCUACUUCGACAACACCUCGCCUCAGUUUGCCGGCAUGGUCGUACCCUGGCGCGGGCCGGCGAUGGUACCGAGCGGCAGACCCGUGGAGCUCAGGUGCUCGGACGGUACCCCGGGUCUCACUCUCAAUGACAAGGGCGUGUACUAUCCCGGAGAGAUGGGCCCGGACUUUAAUGGCGCAUUCAUGGUCUGCCAGGAAGGAGACGACGCGAUCCUGAGUUUCUUUGGGUGGGGUCAGAGGCCUCUUUGGGGUUGUUCUGUUAUCCAGCUUCUCCCGGUCUACUAA